CUGUUGUCGUCCAACUUUGAACUUCCCUGAUCUUCCCGUCCCGUCAUUAUUCCUGAGUUCCAGAAAAUAACGAAAACAAAAACGCAGAAUCUGACAGAAAGAAAACAACAUUCUCAGCGUGUUCGGCUUGUUUAGGUUCAGAGCACACAGUAUAUGCCCACAGUAUCUGUACAAACUGAUUUCCAUUGGUUGUGCAACUGAGAACGUUUCUACAGUAAAUCAGGAUGGCGUCCAUAGCAGCAUACAUUCUUAUUUUAACUGUUGCCAUUGGACAGGAUCACAGAGUUGUUGGCAUAUAUGAAUUGGAUUUGGUACCGAAUUCUGUUGAUGACAUAUAUGGCCACUGUAUGAAGACAAUGGAAAAACUGGUGGAGAAAACAAUUCUGGAAAAAGAAAAGAAAGAGUCACCUAACUUAGCAAAAGCUUGGGAGAAAUUUAACAUGGUCAAGAAAACAUAUAAGUUGCCAAGGAACCUUUUAGGUGCCAUUUAUGUGUACACUAGUGACUAUGUAUAUCGUGAUUUCAAUAAUGCUGUUCGUACGGGUAAACAAUUGUACAAAGACAAAAAAUUCCAGUGGUAUUCACUUUACUUUUUGCUAACAAAAGCAAUACAGUUUCUAAAGAAAAGGCAAAACAAGUGCUUUAAAACUUAUCGUGGUACAAGUGUAGAAUUUAAUACAAAUGUUCUGAACAAAGAGUUUCGUUUUGGCUCAUUUGCAUCCUCUUCUCAAGUUCAGAAAGUAGCACAGAGAUUCGGAACUAAAUCUUGUUUUGAAAUUAUUACAUGCCAUGGUGCUGAUCUAACACAGUUUUCCGCAAUACCAGGUGAGAAAGAGGUGUUGAUUCCUCCAUAUGAAACGUUUAAAGUCACUGAAGUGAUAACAAAUAAAAAAGCCUGGUGUGACACUGUGUUCAAGGUUAAAAGCACUAGAAUAAAAAGUGAACUGGACUGUGCAUUGCUCAAGUGAUCACUAAACUCUUCAUGUAACUUACAGAGAUAAGGGUAACAGUAAACUUCAGGUAAUCUGAAGGCACAUAGAUCUUUAAAAAAAUUGUGUUUGUUUUUUCCCCCUGUCCUUUUUGGAAGUAAAGGUUAGAAUAAACCUAGAAACUUUGUGUUUUCAAAAGAUGACAAUAUUGUAAUGAAACUGAUCCGUUGCAUUAUUUCCCAGAACUUGAUUAUCUUGAUUUGUUGAUCUUGCCUGCUACUAUGUCACAUGUAACUCAGAAGGCAUAUGUUACAUGAAUAAACU